AUGCUGUCCUACUCUGCUAUGCGCCGGGUCACGGCCUCGCCUGCCUUCAAGCGUGCCCUCUCCACCUCGAGACCCGCCCUCUAUGCCGCCCAGGCCGCCAUCCCCCGCACAAAGCUCUUCAUCAACGGCGAGUUCAUCGACUCAAAGACCGACAAGUGGAUCGAGCUCCGCAACCCUGCCACCCAGGAGAUUGUUACUUUGGUCCCCGAGGCUACCCCUGAGGAGCUCAAGUACGCCGCCGACUCUGCUGCGGAGGCCUUCAAGACCUGGAAGAAAACCUCGAUCCUCCACCGUCAGCGCAAGAUGCUCGACCUCCAGCUCUUGAUCCGUGACAACAUGGACAGAAUCGCCCACUCGAUCACCUUGGAGCAGGGCAAGACCUUGGCCGAUGCCCGCGGGGAUGUUCUCCGUGGUCUCCAGGUCGUCGAGUCGGCUUGCGCCAUCCCUCACUUGCUCAUGGGUGACAACUUGGAGGUCGCCACCGACAUGGACACCUACACCAUCCGUGAGCCCCUCGGUGUCGUUGCCGGUAUCACCCCCUUCAACUUCCCCGCUAUGAUCCCCCUCUGGAUGUUCCCCCUUGCCAACGUCAUCGGAAACACUUGCAUCAUCAAGCCCUCUGAGAAGGACCCCGGCGCAACUAUGAUUCUUGCCGAGCUCGCCCAAAAGGCUGGCAUCCCCGCCGGUGUUUUGAACAUUGUCCACGGUGCCAAGGACACUGUCAACUUUAUCUGCGACAACGAGCACAUCAAGGCCAUCUCCUUCGUCGGAAGUGACCAGGCUGGUCACUACAUCCACGACCGUGGUUCCCGCAACGGAAAGCGUGUCCAGGCCAACUUGGGCGCCAAGAACCACGGAAUCAUCAUGCCUGACGCCAACAAGAACCACACCUUGAACCAGCUUACCGGUGCCGCCUUUGGUGCUGCUGGUCAGCGCUGUAUGGCUCUCUCGACCGCUGUCUUUGUCGGCAAGGCCCAGGAGUGGCUCCCCGAGCUUGUUGAGCGCGCCAAGAAGCUCAAGGUCUCGUCUGGUUUCGAGGCCGAUGCUGACCUCGGUCCUUUGAUCUCGCCCGAGUCCCUUGCCCGUGUUGAACGUCUCAUUGAGUCUGGUGUCAAGGAGGGCGCCGACUUGAUCUUGGACGGCCGUGGCCUCAAGGUUCAGAAGUACGAGAAGGGCAACUUUAUCGGACCUUCCAUCUUGACCAACGUCAAGACCGAUAUGGAGUGCUACCGCGAGGAGAUCUUUGGACCCGUCCUUGUCUGCUUGAACGCCGAUACUUUGGACGAGGCCAUUGACAUCAUCAACAAGAACCAGUACGGAAACGGAACCGCCAUCUUCACCCAGAGCGGAGCCACUGCCAGAAAGUUCGCCAACGAGGUUGAUGCUGGCCAGGUCGGUAUCAAUGUCCCUAUCCCCGUCCCAUUGCCUAUGUUCUCCUUCACCGGAUCCCGUGGCUCCAUCCGUGGAGACGUCAACUUCUACGGCAAGUCUGGAAUCAGCUUCUACACCUCGACCAAGACCGUCACUGCCCUCUGGCGCCACGAGGAUGCCGAUGCUAACGCAUCUGCCGUCAACAUGCCCACCAUGAAGUAA